AUCAGCUAUUCAUUCAGCUAUCACAAAAGAAAAAAAAAAGGCCGCGACGAGCCGACGAGCAACGACGACCAUGGCGACGAUGGCCGCUUCUUCCUGCCACGGGCAACUUCUCCUGUUUCUCCUCGUGGCCGUCGCGUCGGCCUGCCUCGGCUCCGCGGCAGCGCAUCAAGCCGGAUCUGGAGAGGGCUACACGAUCGCUGGCCGCGUCAAGAUCGAUGGCACGAGCGUGAAGGGCUUUGGUCUUGCAACAAAGACAUCAAACACAAAAGUGAUACUUAAUGGCGGCCAGAGGGUUACAUUUGCCAGGCCAGACGGCUACUUUGCAUUCCACAACGUGCCAGCUGGAACUCAUCUGAUUGAGGUCUCCUCAAUUGGUUACUUCUUUUCCCCAGUUCGCGUAGAUAUCAGUGCAAGGAAUCCUGGUUAUAUUCAAGCAGCAUUGACUGAAACUAGAAGAGUUCUAAAUGAGCUUGUCCUGGAACCUCUGAAAGAAGAGCAGUACUAUGAGGUUAGGGAGCCUUUCUCCGUCAUGUCACUUUUGAAGAGCCCCAUGGGGUUGAUGGUUGGUUUUAUGGUCUUAAUGGUCUUUGUGAUGCCCAAGAUGAUGGAGAACAUAGAUCCUGAGGAGAUGAAGCAAGCUCAAGAACAAAUGAGGAACAACCCCGUAUCAUUGUCUGGCUUGCUAGCCAGAGCGCAGGGCUAGAAGUAGCACAUGAGGAUGCUGCAAGGGUCUAGAUUCUAUAAUGUGUUUAAGGGCAGUACUGAAGUGCUUGACAUGCCAUGUCACUCGGAGUAAUUUCCUGGGGACAAGGUGGAAACUCUUUCCCCUGUUUUUACUGUAUUUUAACUUGCAGUUUUUCUGUUAGGGCUUGUUCGGUUAUUUUCAAUCCAUAUGUAUUGGAGGGGAUUGAUACGGAUUGGAGGGGAUUUUGACUUUGAAUCCCCCUCAAUCCAUAUGGAUUGGGGCAGAACCGAACAUGGCCUUAUGUAGAACCUUCUGAAACCUCUAGCUGAGCUAGUCAUUUGGCACAUCAUAUAACCACACAUUGAGAUAUUCUUGU